CGCCAUCAGACGACACGAAAGCCAAUUCUCAUAAGCUACGGCGAAGUCAGGCAGACUCCGGCCGGACAAGUUUCCCGGUGCCAGAGCAGAGCAGAGAGAAAGCCAGCGAGGCGGCGGCAGCGUCGUCCAUGUCGGUGGGCAGCAAGUCGCUGCCGGCGCGCCGCGCCGACGAGGGAGGAGAGAACGGCGACGGCGCCGCAGUGAGGGACGACGAGGGGGGCGGCGGCGGUAGCGGGGGGAACAGGAAGCAGCAGAAGGCAGCCCGGUACGGCCGCUGCUUCUCGGGGCUGGAGCUCAGCAUCGGGCCGGCGCCGUUGAAGGACAUGGACGCUGGGAGGCUCAAGGACCAGAUCAGGAGGUGGGCCAAGGCCGUCGUGGCCUUUGCGCGCCAGAUCAGCUUCGGCUCGCCGAGGUCCGUGACCACGUCCAGCGGAGGCAACACGCCGCGGUCGGCCACGUUCCCGGCGGCGGUGUCCAGGUCCAGCCGCCUCGGUGGCGCCAAGAACGACGAGCCUCCGCCCGACAUGAGAGCUUGAUUGGACAAGAUUUGGCCUGCUCCCUGUAUAUAUAACAAGAAUUUACAGAGUAUGAGGUGCCGUAGCACGACAGCACUAGUUUGGUUUAUUCUUUCGUUUUUUUCCUUUUAUUCAAAAACAAAAUAAUUUGAUUCAUUCUUGCUUAGUUGCCAUAUGCUUCGUUGUUCCCCUUUAUUACAUUGUUAGUAAUUUCACCUUUGUUUGCUAUACUCUUCAUCCAUUUCUGGCCCUAGCCGGCAGCUCUUUCUUUUCUUCAAUCACUCUUUUACUACUUUUCAAUUGUACCUAAGAGACUAGUCCACGUACGCAAUACAAUUGUUAUCAUGUAAUAAUUUUGACUUGCUUGUAAGAGGUAACUACUUUUUUCUCGA